AGACUCGGAAAUUACAGAUUAUCCUUUACAUAGAGUCGGAAAUUGACGACGCAGCCAUUUCCACAGUCUCGGUCGGCCAGACUAUCCGAAAUUACAGAUUAUCCUUUACAUAGAGUCGGAAAUUGACGACGCAGCCAUUUCCACAGUCUCGGUCGGCCAGACUGGUCGAAGAUCUUGCUGCAUCGUCUUUGCUGUCGAAGGAAGUAUAGGGUGAAUCCGGAGAAGGUGAGCCCUCCAUGAAAGGAGAACGGUCCUCUUGUAAUUGAAACAAGUGGUGAUGAGAAAGUGGAUCGCGCCAAUUUGAUACUACAAUGAGGAGAAAAGGGCUGCUAAUUCUGCUGUCGGUCGUAGUCGUUGUUGUGGUUCUUGUGUGGUCCUUCCCUCAGGAGAAAAUCUACGGAGACCACAAUCCUGCCAUUUCACACAUUGCUGGUACUUGGAUCUAAUGAGUUCUGAAUGGGAUAUGCCUAAUGAAACAUCGCUAAAAUAGUUACAUAGUGCUGCUAAUUGGAAGCGCGGAGUUAUGAUCUGGGAGGAGAAAGUGGAGAUUGAGGAGGUUCCGGCGGUUACUCAUCAAGUAUAUUUGGAUGUUGAUAUUGAUGGACAACAUGCUGGUAGAAUCAUUAUAGGCUUGUAUGGUGAGGUGGUGCCAAAAACUGUUGAGAAUUUCAGGGCUCUUUGCACAGGUGAGAAGGGAAAAGGAUCAAGGGGAAAAAAUCUACAUUAUAAGGGAACACCAUUUCAUCGUAUAAUUCCUGGGUUUAUGAUACAAGGAGGAGAUACUAUUUAUGGAGAUGGGAGAGGGAAUGAAUCUAUUUAUGGAGGCACUUUUCCUGAUGAAAAUUUUAAGAUAAAGCAUUCUAGCCCAGGUAUUGUGUCAAUGGCGAACUCUGGGGCUGAUUCAAAUGGUUCACAGUUCUUCAUUACCACAGUGAAGACUUACUGGCUUGAUGGUGAGCAUGUAGCUUUUGGGAAGGUUAUUGAUGGCAUGGAUACAGUCUAUGCUAUAGAGGGUGGAGCGGGUACCUAUAGUGGGAAGCCUCGGAAAAAGGUUUACAUAGUUGAUUCCGGUCAAAUACCGAAAGCAGAAUGGAAUGUGGAGUAGUGAGUAUUCAUUGUUUUCACAAUUUGAACCCGGACAUGGUGUGAUCAAGCCCAGCUCAGCCGUGCACAAGAGCUUCUAAGCUUGCUGUUGCAGUACAUGAUUUUCUAGUGGUGCAGUAAGGUAACUAGAAGCACUCAAACUGGGGAUCGGAGGAUGGGAAGAUUAAAGAUAUUAUUAUGCUAUGUGCUGACAUUCUCCAAGUAAAGUGUAAGAUCUUUCUUCAAUUGUAAAUCUUUGUCACGUGGGGAUUUAUCAAACCAUAUUAAAGCAUAAUUGAUGUUUUCCAGAUUGAACUGUUGUGUUUAAA